CCGCUAUCUAUAUGAUCUCCCAUGUUUCCCAGAGCUGGGUCCCAUCAUGACCUGCACUGCCUUUUAUGUGUACUCCUCUGCGACACAACCGCCAAAUGUUCGGCCAUAUUAGCAACGACUAGUAAGUACGUACGUCAAGCUUCGCGGCUGACACAUAAAGACGUCACGUCGAUGAAGUCGUUGCUCAUUCGAUGUGUGCAUAUUUUUGCACAUCUCCAGGUGUUAAGCAGCAAUUUGAACACUUUUCCAAGAGUCAAGUAUCGCAGCGCCUGUGAAGACAGGAGAACGAGUCAGUGAAUGGACCGAUUGAAUCUUUCAC